AACCAAAACCAACGGAAAGCUUUAUUUUCCGUUUAGUGUCUCCAGCACGCAGAAAACGUGGUUACGUGGUACGUAAACACCGAGAACCCGGAAAUGUAGAGAAACGCUUGUGCCGCGUGUUCUCUGCUCGGUGGAGAAGAUCUCAUUUCCUCUCAGUUAUGAAGCACCAUAUUUGAGAACAGUAUAUGUCCGUUGUUUUUUUCUUCAGCGUCUCUCCCCUUUUGUUCCCAUUGCCAUUUUUCGAUUGGCCUGAUUUGACGUAACCGUGGUUGCUCAAAGGGGUUUUGUCGAAGUGAAGUCCAAUGUAGGCGUCGUUCAGCGUUCCUUCUGCGCGCAGCAGCUCAGUGUGUGUGAGUGUGUGUGUGUGUGAGAGAGAGAGAGAGAGAGAGUGUGUGUGUGUGUGUGUGUGUGUGAGAGAGAGGAGGGGGUAUGGAGGUUUUGUGGCUCCUGCCGCUGCUCGUCGUGCCGAUCCUGUUUUGGACCAGCACCACGUUUGUUUUCUAUUUUAAAAAAUGUUUCUACGUGGCCUACAUGAUGCUGUUGGCCAUGAUCUCGAUUCCCAUGUGUAUCGUGAAAAGCGGCGGCAGGGACAUCGAGAACAUGCGGAUUAUUCGCUUCAUGGUGCGCCAUGUGAAGUAUUUCCUUGGUCUUCGCUUUGAGAUCAGUGGCUGGGAGCACCUACAGACUGGGGGACCAUACGUAAUCAUCUCCAACCACCAGUCAUCCAUUGAUGUUCUGGGCAUGAUGGAGGUUUUGCCUGAUCGCUGCACUACUAUUGCCAAGAAGGAGCUGCUGUGGGCAGGAACAGUGGGCAUGGUGUGCUGGCUGGGGGGCAUUGUGUUCAUUAACCGGAAGAAGACUAGUGAUGCUAAGAGUGUCAUGACUGACACUGCCAAGAUCAUGCUGCACGACAAGAUCCGCCUCUGGGUGUUUCCUGAAGGAACACGGAAUCAGAAAGGUGAUAUUUUGCCAUUUAAGAAGGGCGCUUUCCACCUGGCAGUGCAGGCCCAGGCACCCAUCAUCCCCAUCGUGUUCUCCUCCUAUAGCAACUUCUACCUACGGAAGGAGAAGGAGUUCAAAUCAGGAACGAUCACUUUGAAAAUCCUCCCCAAAAUCGAGACGAAAGGCUUGACGUCAGAAGACGUGUCCUCACUCUGCGACCGGUCGUACGAUGUGAUGCGUUCUGUCUUCCUAGAAAUCUCUGGCCAAACAUCCCAGUCCAAUGGGCCGUCCAACCACUGAGCAUUUCGGUGACUUCGUCUACUGUUUCUGUCUCAUUGCCUCUCAUAGCCACAUUGCUCUCUGCCGGCUCAAGACUUUGCAGUCGUGGUGAUUGACGGUAGCUGUGGCAACUAGACACUUCCAGUAUCUUCGUCAGUGUCCAUAGAAAGCCACAUUAUACACACACACACACACGCACCUAUAUAUAUAUAUAUAUAUAUAUAUAUAUAUAUAUAUAUAUAUAUAUAUAUAUAUAUAUAUAUAUAUAUAUAUAUAUAUAUACAAACACACACACACUCAAUAAACAUACACUCAAUAUACUCUGGUCUCUCAUUGGGACUUUUGGAGUUAUCUGAGGGCUGCACCCUCUGACCCUGCCCACUGGGGACAGUCUGGAGCAUUUCUUUUUCAAUAGCUUUGUUUCAGAAUCGGAAAAAUCUCUUGUGGAUGUGCAUUUAUCAUGCAUGCUUUUGGACGCUUUAUCUCUCCUUCGCUUUUUAGGUCCUGGACCCUUUUUUUCCCACCUGUUUUACUUAUUUUUGCGUAUUCCCUAGUAAUCAUGUAUUUUUGUAGCUGAUCAUUAAGGUUGUCUCAUGUCCUUUUAAUUCAUUUCUCAUCAUGUUUUUAGUUCAUGUUGUAUUGUGUCUUUUUUUUGCCAUCAGUCCUUCAGACUCAGCCAAUUAAAAGUGUACCUUAAGUGUAACUACCACCAGUGGCAAACUCCCCCCAUUCCAAGUCGUACCCCAUAGAGCAGACGUUGGCAGUUUGGGAGAAUUUUUUUCACUUGAUUGUACUCAGUGUUGUUAACAAAAUGUUUCCCUUUAUAAGCCUUAUUAUUGAAGUUUGCACGUGAAAAAAAAAAAAACUUUCUGUUGCUUUCUAUCUUUAUUUAUUUUGUAUUUCUGCCCUUUUUUUUACCUUUUAUUUUUUUUUUACCUUUUGUCCCACAUUUUGGAAAAGGCACCUCUUUUAGCUGUAAAUGUCAAAGGUAGUUUCAUAAAGUGCAGUAUUGAAUAUUGGCUAAAAGUGAAUGAAAUUCAGCCUAUGGAAAAAUAAUGUAGUUUUUAAUAAUUUAUUUGACUUGUAAAUUAGAAAUAGCUACUUGGUGCCGUUUGCUUUGCUGUGAUGCGUUCAAUCUGUGUCAUAAACCUAUUUAGUGCAGCCAGAUUAAAUAGUAUCCACCGUGAUCUGGCCUUUAUUUUAUUUUUAUUUUUAUUUUAUAUAUAUAUAUAUAUAUAUAUAUAUAUAUAUAUAUAUAUAUAUAUAUAUAUAUAUAUAUAUAUAUAUAUAUUAUGCUGAGUUAAAACAUCCUCAGGCUUUUUGUUGCCUUUCAAACUAAUAUUCCAGGACAGGUUCUAAGCUUCUAUCUAAUGGUGCAUAAAAUCUGGCAAAAUGAAUACCAUUUCACAAGAUAUUUGAUCAGCACAACACAACACAUAAGCUGUCUUCAUGCAUGCGUAUGCUUUAUAAACGCUCCAGCCUGAUCUGUACUCUGUGUCGGGGUCAUUUAUAUAAAAAGCUUUGCCAUUCAUGCUUUGUUCACCCUGCUGUAUAAACCUACUGCCUGCUAUAAAAUAAUAGUUUCCAUUAAUUUUUAGAAUAAUCUUUUGAUUAGUAAUUAUUUAUUGAGGUGUGUAAUAAAAAAAUUAUAAUUUUGUCAUAUUGGUACAGUCAAGUAAUGUACCAAAACAAAUUCUAUAAACUGUUUUUGUGCCAUGUGUGUAAAGAUUCUCAGCUACCAGUUUCAGCACUGUGAGUAAGCAAGUGAUCAGUGAUGGAUGAGAGUAUUGGAGGGGUUGGGGCAGUGGGGCGUUGGGGGCUUGUGGAUACUCUGCUGGGACAUUUAUGAUUUGAGCAAAUCCAAAGUGUACCUUAAUAAAUUGACCUACUCCUUAUUGAAUGGGGUAUAGUAAAAAUUAUACAAUUCAAACUUUUUUCUUAAAGGUGUAAGUAUUUUUUAAAAAACAAGCCUUUUUUUUGGAAAAAGUAGCUAAAUGGUUAACAUUAUGAAACAAUAUAUAAAUUGUCUUUUCUUUCUCUUGUUGUUGACAUAUUUGAUUGACACAUUUUAAUUGUGCUUAAUGUUGUUAAAACUAAGCAUUUCCAUACAUGUUUUUCCAUUUCCGUUGGGUUGAAAUAAAUAUUUAUUUCAUUCGGAAUGCCAAGCAGUUUUUUUUUUUUUUCUUCUCCCUACCCUAGAUCUUUCUCUCAUGCAGCUGUGAUUUACAAAAAUCUCAUUUCCUCCUAAAACUGAUUACUAAUUUUUUAUCUCAAAUAAUUCCUUAUAUACUAUAUGGCCAAAAGUAUGCAGAAACAUGACCAUAACGGACACAUAGGCCUUUCCCACAAUGCUGGGGACACAAUUUUUCUAGAAUGCUUUGUAUGCUGUAGAUUUACAGAUUUCUCUUCACUGGAAUUAAUUAGCCGAAACGUUUUUCAGCAUGUGCACAGAGCGAGUUCCUUGAAGACAUGGUUUGCUAAGGCUGGAUUGGCCUCGCAUAUCCCCCUAACUUCAUUAAACUCAUUUGAGAUGAACUUGAAUGACAACUGCACCAAACAGCUUCUCAACAGACAUAAGUGCCUGACCUCACUACUGCUCUUCUGGCUGAAUGGGCAUACAUCCACACAAUUUAGUUUGAUGGCUUUCCAAGAGGAAUAGCAAGAGGUGCUUGUAUGUAAUGGACAGGUGACAGCCUUUAUUCUUUGUGGCCUGUGUUGCACAAGAUUUUUUAAAGACAUCUGGGUAAACUAUAGUAUGAAUGGAUGCACAUGGUUAACAACAAUACAAAAAUCUGUGAUGUUAAAGCGAUGAUUGCAAAGCAUCCCCACACCGUUUUCCACCUCCACCAGCCUGGACUAGUGACACAAGGCAGGUUGGGUUGAUAUGGCCGUUGGCACCACACCUUGACCCGACCUGUCUGUGUGCCUCCACCUGAACCUACACCUAUCUGUGUGCCUCAGCAAAAAUAGAAAUUCUGCAGACCAGAAAACAGUUUUCCAGUCUUCAGCAUUUUUCCUCAGCUUGGCAAAAUAGCAAAUGGAACCUGAUGUGGUCUUUCUUUCUGUUUUUUGUAGACAGUCUACCUCAAAGUUUGACAGUUUGCUUACUAUAUAUAGUUGUACAGAGUGGUUAUCUGAGUUACUGCUGAGUUACCCAGCCAUACCAAGCUGCCACCCCUGGGCCCCUGAGGAAGGCCCUUAAACCCAUAGCUGCUCAGUUGUAUAAAUGAUAUAAAUGUCGGUCUCGAUAAGGGUGUCUGACAUAAACGUACUGCUUGUCAUUAUCCAUUGACGUUCGAUAACAAGAUGUUUGUAUAUUCAGAACUUAUUACUUACUAUCCUAAGUACAUUUUAUAGACUACUGUGCCUGAAAAUUCCAGGAGUUCAGCUUCGAAAUAUUCAAAUCUCCAACAAUCAUACUACAUCACUAAGAUUGCAUUUUUUUCCUCAAAAUUGCUGGCCUAUUUAGCCCAAUGCUGACACGUUUUAUUCAUUGCACAGCUGCAAUGUGAAUGCCUGAUCAGAUUAUUUCAUGGUUGAGGCAUUCCGUUCCUAAUAAUCUGUUAGCUGAGUGUACUUUUGGCCAUAUAGUGUACACUUUCAAAUUGGCUUGUACCUCUGGAUUACAAAGCAUAAUACACAAGCGACUCACAUAUUUGAGAGAAGAGGGAAAAUACAUGUAUGGCAAUGUGGUAAAUAUUUACCAUACCUACUAGAAACCAUUCAGAAUGACCAAAAACUACCCAACUGAAUGUCAUUCACCACUCUGAGACAUAUGAAGGGUAUCCUUAGUUAAACCUGAUGCAUGCUUUUUAUAAAAUCGAGUAUAUUCUCAGUGCUCUAUAUAACAUGUACACGAGUCAUUGUAUUUGAUGUUCAGGAGAAAAAUGUGUUUUAACGAGGAAAAUGAUUCAGAAUCCACAGUAAUUAGGGCUUAAAUCAAUUCAAUAUUAUUAUCACUUGAAAAUGGUUAAAAAUAAGUAUAUAUUCAUAAAUAAAAGUUGCAUUCAAGCAUGUUUAAUGUUAAGCGAUUUAGAUUUGUCUGGAAUGUACAUUUUUGUAAUUUGUUUCCCUUCAUGUCACCAUAGCUAUUCAUGGAUAAAAAAAAAUGAUGGUAGUUAUUAAUUAAUAUUGUUCCCCCCCACCUCAAUCUUCACUUUCUGGGUAUGAUCCAGUCUGGUGUGAUUUCAUGAAAGUAUUACAAAAAAAAGUGUGAAAGCCCAUUGUAGAACCUGAUUCCAUUAUAAUUAUACACAAAGGUGCAGUGGAUCUGGACAGAGUUUGUGUAAAAUAGCUUGGAAUAAUAAACUUAAAUAAAUUCAAGCCAUUUUUUUUCUUA